AUGGCUGCGCCGCCAGCGGACCCUGCCCCUGCAGCUCCACACUCGCUGCCUCCUCCCGGCACCGCCGGCUCGCGGCGGCCUCUUCACGUGUCUACCAAGCACCUGGAGCGUGUCCCGCAAGCUCGGGCGCAGGGGGGCGCAGGGGGGCGCUGCGGGCCCGGGACGGCGGCCUCGCCCCCCCCCCUCCCCGGGGUGCAGCGGCGGCGGGGCCGGGCCGGGCUGCACACAAAGGAGCGACUGCCAGCGGGUGCUCAGGGGCUAUUUACUCCACGAAGGAGUGGAUGCACGCAGCCAUCUCGCAGGGGUUCCAUGAAGCCGUGGGCGUGCAUGUCCUCGCCCAGAGCCAGAAGAAAGUCAGAGGUGGACUUUGGAAGGUCUUUAGGCGAGGCUGGGACCCACGGAGAAGCACAUCCCCCGGCCAGUAGCCUUCUGUAGGAUCGACUGCCACCUCCUGCUUCACGGCCACCAAGGUCCAAUCUCUAAGGCUUCAUUCACUGUCUAACUGCAUAAACCAGUCCAUCUACCAACUGGCAAAUAGGUCUGACCCGCUGGGUAGAGGAGCCCGAUUUAAGGUUCAGGAAACACCACAGAGAGGACUCAGACAAGCAUUAUUUAUGGCAGGGAAACAUGGGGCACAGCCCCAUUGUCCAGUGAGAGGAGAAGCUGAGCAAAUCAUACUGGAAUAAUAUAUAACCAUGAAAUCAUAUUUUUAAAGACGUUUUAAUGACAUAGGUAAAGACUUUCAGUAUAAUGGUUAAGAGGAAAAAAAAAACCACCCAGGUUAUAUUCUUUUAAAAAGCAGGUUAUAGAACUCUGCAUACAACAUGAUCCUUAUUUUGUAAAAGAAAACAAAACCUAGAGAAAAUAUUCAUGUAUAGAAAAGGAUUAGGGAGGAAAUAGAUGAAAAUAUUCAGUCAUUGUGCUCUGUGGGCAGUGUUGAGGUUAAAGAGGAUUUUUGUUUUUUACACUUUUUUAUGAUUCUCCAAAUUUUCUACAAUGAACAUGUAUUACUUUUAUGAUCUGAAAAAUCAUUAAAAUGAAGAUUUGAAAACACCUUUCAUGCUAACAAGUAGUAAUUAAGUCAGUGAUAGUUAACUCAUUGAAAAAUUUUAAAGCUAACUUAAUUGCCUUCAAACAUGCCAUUUAUUAAAGAUUUACAAAAAUAA